AGCGCUCAUCCGGCCCUGACCGAUCCGGGAUCGCCUGACUUGGGAAAAUUCGCAACAACCCACUACUGGCACUGCAGGACAACACUCAUUCAGUAUACAACACGGUCCCACCCCGACAACUUCCCCAUGCCAUUCCCAUUUACAUUCACAUUUAGCUUAACCGUACCAGGAUUAUCAAAUCCUUUUUCUGCUCCCCCGCUCUAUCCUUACCAGCAAAAUCAACGGAACGAAGCUGGACCGUCCACCACUAGAGUUCGAGGUCGCAAUAAAUUUGUAGAGGAAGAUGGACUCAAUAUAUCGAAUACAUCAAAGGACACGAACUCGAGAAGAAGAGUGUCCCCGAGUCCAGUUGGCGCAGGGAAUUCAAGAAAGAGAGGUUGGGAACCUGCCUUUGCUGCUGAACCGAGUCUUGCACCGACGUUUGUCACUGUGUCGAAUGGAUAUCUCGAUACACCAGCCAAAUUGGCAAUGGCAAAGCAGGAGAAUGGGCUCCAUGUCCGCGAACAAGCCGUAGUCGACGAACAAUUACAACAUCCUCCUGCCAAACGUCGACGUACAUUAGCAGGUUCUAUCGUCUCGACUGCCGUUAAUGCCGCACUGGUGGGUACCGCGGUUGGCCUGACUGUCUAUCGUCUCUGGAGAGAUCGUGGAACUGGCAAAGACGCAGAACAGCGAACUAUAGGAGAAACUUCCCCUUCUCCUCCACCACCACCGUAUUCGCCCCCAUCACCGGAUGUGAAUGUUAUUCCCCCUACCCCUCGUACUGCACGCAAGUCCCGGCGUCCGCACGAGGCACAUUCCACUCGUAGACGUCCGGCACGGAAAGUCCUACAUAACAUCGCCUCGUUCGGUCCUUCCACAUCCGGUUCCCAGUCUGCAUUGUUCCCACCAACCCAACCGGAGUUCGACUUUUCCUCUUCUUCCGUUAAGUCUUCCCCACGACGGAACCGGGAAGAGCGUCGAACUCAUAGUCCGGCGUUUAACAACGUUAGUUCAGAUCAUGUAGAGGAUCUGCAAGACGCGAUAGACCCGGAUACAGACGACCAGAUGGACCAGAUAGACUCGCUCGGCAGUAAGCUGUCCUUCCUCAUCGAGCAAGGCAAACGCGCGCUAGGCAGGGAAAUCGUCGUGAUGAGUGAAGUCGAGGAGGAUGCUGUGGAUGAUGGCUCUGGAGCGUGGAUCGAAGAAGACCAGGAAGGUGAAGGUGAAUUCGGGAAACGUGGUAGAGGAAGGUUAUCGCGAUCUGGCUCGGUGUCGAGGAGACGCGCUGCGGGCAGUGCUUCUUCGGCGACAGUAAACUUGGGUCGACGUACAGGUGCCGGUAUGAAUGUCAAUCCGCCGCCAUAUGGCACGGGUCUGGGUGUACCUUCUGCAUUACCUUCCUCGUCACCUUCCACGCCACCUGCCUCGCUGCCCACCUUCGAGUCAUCAUGGGAGAGUCCGGAAUUGAAAGAGACGAUGGAGAGAGCCAGGGCGAUAGUCAGGCAGAGGAAGUCGAUGAAUUUCAGAACAGACAUCGAGUCGUAGCCUUCCCCCAAAUUCAUCAACUCUCUUCUUUCUUCUGCUUCUCGACUGCUGCCUGAAAAGGUUGAUGACAAAUGAUUUCAUUACGAUUUUGACGAUGGAUACAUACUUAUUCACGCUAUUUUAUGCCACCGAGAAUGGUAUAGUAUUUCCAUAAUAGAGUCGCCAUAAAGAGCAAUCAAUUGUACUUGUACUGAUACACUCAUGUCUAUGUAUGUUAUGAGGGCUGCUAAAAGUUAUAUAUCCUC